AUGGAGUUCGUCAAGGAUCUCGAAGAUCGCAUGCUUUUUGCAGUUCCAAAAAAGGGACGCAUCUACCAAACUUGCAUCGAGCUUUUAAAGGGAUGUGACAUCCAUUUUAAUCGUAGCUCACGUCAAGACAUCGCCCUUUGCACAAACUUGCCAAUUGCACUCAUCUUCUUGCCUGCUGCUGAUAUUGCUAAAUAUGUGGGUGAUGGCAACGUCGAUCUUGGUAUCACUGGCCAAGAUAUCGUUGUUGAAAGUGAAGUCGAGGAUAAAAUCCGUCAAGUACAGGAGUUGGACUUUGGUAAAUGUAGACUUUGUAUCGAGGUGCCUAUGAAUGGUGAAUAUCAAACAUUGGAGUCAUUGGUCGGUAGACGUAUUGUUACAAGCUUUGUAAAUUGUGCUGCCAAGGUGUUUGAACCUCUCGAUAAAGCUGCUGGCAAAAAGACCAUCAUUGAGCACGUUUCCGGUUCUGUGGAAGCUGCUUGUGCGCUUGGUUUAGCUGAUGGUAUCGUUGAUCUCGUCGAAACAGGAGAAUCGAUGCGUGCUGCUGGUCUCCACGACAUCCAUGAUUUGAUGGAAACCCAAUCUGUUUUGAUUGCCAACAAGAAAUCAACCCACACCGAGUUGAUUGAGAAGAUUGCCUCACGUGUGCGCGGUGUGAUUACUGCUCAUAAGUUUGUGCUGUGUACAUACAAUGUUGAGCGUAAAAACUUGGCUGCUACUAGUAAAGUAACUCCAGGCCGUCUUGGUCCUACUGUCUCCGCAUUAGAUUCUCAUGAUGGCUGGGUGGCUGUUUCUGCCAUGAUCGCAAAGAAAGAAAAGGGCGAGAUUUUAGAUAAAUUAACAGAAUGUGGUGCAACUGACAUAAUGGUCAUGGCAUUUACAAACUGUCGUGUAUAA